GUGUGAGUGUCGGCUCAUGUGGUGGCGCGUGUCGUUCGUCGGCGUUGUCAUCAUCGCUAAAAAAAAGUCGAUGCACGCGUUAAUAUCGCCCGAUUCCAGGCGCGAGCGAGUUAUUAGCGCAAUUGCCGCAAAACGAGCCGCACGUUUCUUACUUCGUUGAUUGACACGCAACCCCUCGGACGCGUUAACCCUCCUUCCCCGCGGUCGUUCGAAUUUCUCGAAGCGGGGGUUUUUCCUUUUUCCUCGGCACGAACUACGAGUCGAUAGCUGUUGACGUGUACUCGAUUCCGUUCUUCGCAUCGAACGACCGUCAAGGUAUUGGCGAGGUGGUGGUGCGCUGAAAGAAAGAGGAAGAGAAACAAGAUCUGACCAGUAGCUAUUAGAUCUUAAUAAGAAUCAAAAUAUGGAAGGAGAGUCGGAGACCAACGCUGCUAACAAGGCUUCGAGGCCAACUUGGCCAUACAUGAACGCCGGCUCGCUGACCACGUCGUUCCUGCUGAAGCUAGCCGCGGCCGGUAUCAUCUGGGGAUGGGGAUACUUCAACUUCAGCAUAGCCUGGCUGAUCGCGCCAAUCGCGGUUUCCGUGUGGAAGACGGAACGGAAAAAGGAUAACGAGCUGAGAACGAGCAUGGCGCAAGCUUCCGUGCUGGCGAACGAAAAGGAAUUGAUCGUCAGCCGGAUAGACGAGUUGCCGUCGUGGGUGUACUUCCCUGACUUUGAUAGAGCUGAAUGGCUGAACAAAAUCUUGUACAAAGUUUGGCCGAGCAUGAACGAGUUCGUUCGUCAAUUAUGUAAGCAGAGUAUAGAGCCAUCAAUUGUUCAGACAUUAACCGAGUAUAAAAUCAAGGGCUUUCAAUUCGAUCGUCUAGUCCUGGGUCGCAUCCCGCCGAAGAUCUAUGGGAUCAAAGUCUACGACAAGAAUACAUCGAGAAACGAGAUCAUUUUAGACGCAGACGUUAUGUACGCCGGUGACUGCGAUAUCACGUUUUUUCUCGGAAACAUCAAAGGCGGCAUUAAGGACUUUCAAAUACGCGGUCUGGUACGCGUAGUCAUGAAGCCGAUGCUGUCCGUCAUGCCGUUGAUCGGCGGUGUACAGAUAUUCUACUUGAACAACCCCAGUAUCAACUUCAACCUCGUCGGAGUGGCUGAUGUGUUGGACCUACCUGGGUUCAGCGAGAUCUUGAGGAGGACGAUCAUCGAGCAGGUAGCGGCCAUCGUAGUGUUGCCGAAUAAGAUAACCGUGCCGCUAAGUGAGGAGGUACCAGCGGAGACUCUGAAGAAACCCGAACCCGAAGGCGUCCUGAGGAUCCACGUCGUGGAGGCGAAGCACCUGAUGAAGAAAGACAUCGGGAUGCUGGGUAAGGGCAAGUCCGACCCGUACGCCAUCAUAAGCGUCGGUGCCCAGCAAUUCCGAACGGAGACAAUCGACAACAGCGUUAACCCGAAGUGGGACUUCUGGUGUGAGGCUAUGAUCAGUUCAUGCAAUAUGCAAGAAGCAGUGGUAUCCCUUUGGGAUUGGGAUCCUUUGGGGAAUGUUCCGGGAGUACAGUACGAUGAUUUUCUUGGCAGAGCUACCAUCGAGGUGAAUCGGGUGAAGAAAAAGGGCAUCAUCGAUACGUGGGUCUCUUUGGAACAGGCGAAGCACGGUAUGGUUCAUCUGCGAUUAACGUGGCUGCAGUUUUCGAAAAGUCCCGCUGAUUUGAGAGCCGCUUUGGUAGAGACUCAGGAACUCCGAGUUACGACGAUGAGCACGGCUCUCCUCGUGCUCUAUGUCGACUCCGCGAAAAAUCUACCGUGCAUUCGAGGAACUAAACAGCCCGAUGUUUGUCUCGAAGCGAGGAUCGGCGGGAAGAAACAGAAAACGGCCAUUGUACCACGUUCCUGCGAUCCCGUGUGGGAAGAGGGAUUCACCUUCCUAGUCAGCAACCCCGAGACCGGCGUCUUGCACAUAAAGAUUACUGAUGAGAGAACCGCUGUGGCAGUCGGAGAAAUGAAUUACAAUCUCUCUCUGCUGCUGGAGAAGAAUAAUCUCGAGGUGAGCCAACAACCGUUCGACCUGCAAAAGGCUGGGGCGGACAGCAAGCUCGUCUUAUCGAUGUCGUUAAAUAUUUUGAAGUACGAGCAACCUGAGCCCACCUCCGAGGAGGACGAGGACGAUCAUGACAUCAAUGAGUUGAAUAAACGAAUCGAACGCCAAGAGUCGAAUAUCAGUAACACGUUAUCUUCUAGUGUACCUCCCAGUCCUCUCAAGAAGCAACCUUCGAAAGAAUCGGUCAACAGUCAACAGCAGAGCACUGGAAUGGUGGGUGUGGCGGAGGAAUCAGAAGCAGCAACGGCCGAAGUGAUCAUCAGCAACAGCGCGCCGUCCUCCUUGAACGAAAGCUCCCGGCUGGUCCACAGGAACCCGAGCGUGACGUCUUCUCUGGGCGAAGCGAAAUUAGGCAGAAUACAGCUGACUUUGCGCUACAGUGUGCAGAGGCAGAAGUUCGUCGUGGUCGUGCACAAAAUCGCCAACCUGCCACUGCCUCAGAACGAUCCGCACAACAUACCCGAUCCGUACGUGAAGCUGUACCUGCUGCCGGACCGACACAAAGAAACGAAGCGCAAGACCGCCGUGAUGAAGGACAACUGCAAUCCGAUAUUCGACGAGCAAUUCGAGUACGUGAUCUCGCAGGGAGAUCUGGCCACGCGCGUGUUAGAAGUGUCGGUGUGCACGCAGAAGGGCUGGCUGUCGACCGGGGGCAACGUGAUGGGGCAGGUUCACGUGAAGCUGAGCGAGAUCGACGUGUCCAAGGCGAUCACCAGCUGGUACGACCUACAGCCGGAGAUCAAAGACUAGAAGAAGAGGAGGGGCAAGCGAUGGGGAUUCGAGCGUUUGUGCAUCUGCUCGGCGAAGCGGCCGUUCAGAUUUCCUAAACUGAACGCUUUCUACAAACGAUGAAAGUCUCGGAUGUUGCUGUUACCUCAAUAUUUCGUCGCUCGUAACGUUGUAAUGUUCAAUUAACGAUGUUUGUACGUGUGUUAAGGUAAAACGUGGUGCUACUCGAGACGCAAGACGUCUCGCGGGAAAUCAAGAAAGAUCCUAUUUAAGAUGUUUGUACUUACGCCGUCCAGUGGCACGAAAUGAUCUAAUGUCACCAUGACCAGAGUAGAGACGGAUUGGCUUUACUAAUUCAGCGCGGUAAACUCAAUAAGCUGCAAAGCGCUUCAAUGAUUAAAGACUUUAUUCCACGAGAGGGUCGGAAGUCAAAAGUGUCGAAACUAUCGCCUGAAACGCGCCAGGAGCAGUAACUGAAUGCUGAAGAUUUAAUAAAACUCCAUUUGCUUUAGUGAGUAAUUAAGUUAUAUUUAAUGAAUCUCGAUUAUGAAAGUGAUCAAUCAGUGACCUCAAAUCUGAUUUGCAAGAUAAUCUAUCGCGAUUUUGCAGUUACGAUUAUUGUUGUAUGUAAACGAGCAGCGAGCUAAAAUUUUUCCGAUCUCUAUGCCAAUCUGUAGAUCUGAGAUACUAUUACAAAGUGAUCAAAAUAUAUACGUUAUGUUCAUGACUGACUUCUACGCUUAUAAAUGUCGGUCAUGUAAAUUAUUGUUGAGUGGAUUCGUAAAGAAGUCCCGUUUUCUUCAAAAAUAUGUUUUUCCAUAUAUAAUUCUUUUUUAAUGACUUUUAAAAUUCAUUCCUAUAUAAAGAGUGCUUCGUAAUAAAUUUUAAUUUAUUAGUCUAGUUUUCUUGAAAUUCUUCAAUAUCAGCUAAAUAUAAAAGUCAUUAAACGUAAUUAUUAACGUAUCUUGGAAUUCUCAGAAAAAUUACAUUGUUGCUGAGAGGAUUUAUAUAUGAAUCAACUCGACAUUUGCGAUACUCUCCAUAUUUUUUCCUCUACUACGUUUUAAUAUUUCGUUACUAACAGAAUCGAACGAUGCAUUUAUUGUACGAUCGCGUGAUCAAAGCGGGUGAUCGUUGCACGAUCAAUUGAUGCUUGCGCGUUUUAUAUUCUACGAGAGAUCUCGCUGAGGAUCUACAUCUCGCGCCAUACAUAGUUUAUAUACAUAUAGUUUUAACAUACGGCAUAAAACAGUGAGAGCAGAUUAAUAUGUAUACACACGUGUUAACGUUUAUAUAAGAGAUUUUUGCUAUAUUAUAUGUAUACAUAAAUAUAUAUAUCUAUAAUAUAAUAUUCUGUGACGCACGACGCUGCCAGCAGCGUCACGAAUUGUUGAGAACAAUAAAUAUUCUACGCAUUGUC